CAUUUAAAAUGGAAUGUGCAUGAUUUUCGAUUUAACAUUUCGACAUGGAAUUUCCUAACAUCGGAGAAAAUUGUUCCUUUAAAGGUUGCUCUCAGCUUGACUUUUUACCUUUUUGGUGUGGUAGUUGUGGAAAAAAGUAUUGUUUAGACCAUAGAUAUCCAAAUUCUCAUGAGUGUUUUCGAUGGAGUGAGAAUGAAAAAAAUGUUCAAUUAUGUGAAACUUGUUCAUCCAUGAUUUUGAACCCUGAAGGGAGAUCAGUUGAACAAACGUUAGAAGAACACUUGAAAUCAAACUGUGUAUUACAUCUUUUAUCUUCUAUACCUAUUGAGAAACAAAAAUGUUUUAUAACAGAAUGCAAAAACAAAUCAGAAGGUGGUGUGAUGGUUUAUGUAGUAUGUGAUGGAUGCGGGGAGGCAUUCUGUUUAAAACAUCGGCAUCCACCAGCCCAUCAAUGCGAAUCGCUUAAUGUAGCAUCUGAUGAAAAGGCAAAGAGACGCGUGAAGGCUGAAGAGCUCAUUUCAAAAUACAAAAAGAAAUCUGCUAGCAGUAUACUUAAAUCUGACAAUAUUAGUUCUUCAUCAAAAAAUGUUACAACAAAUAAACCAAAAAAGAAAAAUAAAAAGAUUGAAGUAAUGAAAUUAAAGUCCAAGGCUCAGGGCGAUUCAACUAUACCUGUAAAUGCGCGUGUUUAUCUUUCGGUUGAUUUUCCACUUGAUUCAAAAGUAUCCAAUAAGCCCUUAUUUUUUAACAAAGAAUGGACAAUCGGAAAAGUUUUGGACAAAGUAGCAACUGUGGGUAAAAUUACUAAUAACAAUAACAAACUUCCAUUGGAUGAUCCAAAUAGACUGAUUUUGGUUAAUAAAGAAACAGGAAAUAGUUUUGAAAUGGAUAAGAAAUUGGGAGAAGUUGUAGAAAGUGGGGAUGAUAUUUAUUUAGAAAAACUUGGAUCGAUUAAUUAAAAAUAUUUUUUAUAAAUAACCACAAGGUAAGUUAUCAUAUUAUUAAAUUAUGGGGAAAAGUUAUAUUUAUCAUCCAAUAAAAAGAUUAAAUUAUUAAAUUUGCAAAGAUAUUUGGUGGUUUCUGAUGUAAUUACCUACAUUCAAAUUAAUAUACAAUAAGGAAUUAAAAUAUUUGGUAGUUUCCGAUAUAAUUGUCUCCCUGCCCUUACAAUAGUUAAGAUAUUUGGUGGUUUCUGCAAUUGCAAUCAUCAUACAAUAGAAAAUUAAGAUAUCAGUAGUUUCCGGUAGUUUUGAUGUAAUUAUCUAUUAAUAUACAAUAAAGAAUUGGUAGUUUCCGAUAUAAUUGU